GCAAGCCUGGCAAUCGCCACCAGUUCGCUUCAAACUCUUUACCGAGAAGAUGUGACGGGAAUGGUAGUCCGCCACAGUGAAACAGUUCUUCACACUAUGUAGUAUACAGGUGACACUACUCUGAUAGCAGUCGUCUAGUUAGAUCAGUCUGGGAAGACGUUGAUGUCAAGUGAAGAUUGUUUGCAACAGUCGGUACUGGAGCGGCCGUUCAUCACGGUACAGUCUACAAAGGUCAUUCUGCAAGCCGGAUGUGAUAAUGAGUGUGCAGCUGAACUGACGAAAGGUAUCAGAACCUCAUUAGUGGACUGCAAGUAAAUACAUUCAUUAUACACAAGUCAAUUUGUGAAAUUCAGAUGAAGUCAUUUCAUUUUUAAAAUAGCUUGACAUUUAUUAGUGUGUUAUUGGAGAACUGGAAUACAAGUACUAAGUGUAGCAUUAUCUGGAUAUUGCACAUAUAAGUGAAGAAUGGAAAUGUGCAACUCUACUCGCAUUCCUCUGAGGAUGCCAAAGAAUCCUGUGCAGGAAAUAAUCGGGAUGCUUUCGUUCUUCAGUGUUCUCGGUACGAUUGGCAACUCUCUCGUCCUGUAUGUAUACACGAAGAAGCGUCACAAACUCGCAUCCACCGUCUUCAUCAUUGCUUUGGCCGCCUCAGACUUCUGGACGUGCGUGUGCGUGAUGCCUUACACGAUGGUCUACGAGAAACUAGUCUACGAGCUGAGGAACGACAUCCUCUGCAAGCUCUAUUUGUUCCUUAUCACGUGCAACGUGCCUUUCUCCGCCUUCAUCAUGGUCGCAAUUGCAGUCGACCGCUUCCUGUGCAUCUGUAAUCCGCAUACGUAUUCGCUAGACGCACGGAGAGCAAAGAUUAUCAUUGUGUUCCUGGCACUGUUUGCCACUGUGUUUGGUAUUAUCACCGCGCUGUCAGCCGGCGUGUAUCAACUUGAGAGGAAAAACCUGCCUGUCACCAGUAUGAACAGCACCCAGGUUACAGACGCCGGACAGUCGGACCUGCUAUCUGAGAUGUGUGUGGGAGGGGAAGCUAACUGCACGGCCAUAGCGACACCUCGUGUGGACAACUGCACCACUGUGCAGGCCGUCAUCUACACUGGAAUCUGCCUGCCAAACGAACUAAUUUUCACGAACCAGUUUCGACAGCUUUACCAGAAGAUUUACGCUGGGAUGUUUCUCGUAUGUUUCCUCGUUGUGUUUGUUCUGUAUAUUCUUAUUUACAAAUUUGUGUUAGAGAGAAGAGCAAAAAGAGAUAAACAAAGAAGAAAAACAAAAUCCUCGUUGUGCCGCGAAACGUCGUUCACGGAGGUGCCGUUGUCCCCCGCAGCAGACGGCGAGAGUCACGGUAACGCGACGAAUAAUUCACGGAAAGUUGCGAUGGAUAAAAAUAACUGCAUUCGUGAAAAAUCGUGGGUAGCCAACAUCCGUACGGCGUUGAUGCUGUUUGUUGUUACAGUGGUGUUUGUGAUAGCAUUUCUACCGUCGUGGUUAAUGGCUCACAGAGUAGUAGACUUUUUACCCCUUGUGUUUUAUACUUAUUUUGCCUACAACGUUUCGAACCCAAUUAUAUAUGCUUUUUUAAAUCCAGCAUUUCGAAAGGAAUUGGAAGACGUGUUUCGGUGUAGAAAGUGUUGUCGCAAUAACUGAUUCAACAAUUCACAAUGUGACAAUACAGAGAAGCGCCAGUCUACAAGACGGUUUAUUUAUGUUUAUUUAAGUAAUAUUUUAUUUCGUUAAUCAAUGAAAUGGAUUGGCAAAAAGGUUGUUGGCGUAUACACAAAUAAAUAUCUCAUAAGAUGAUAUUAAGUAGUAUAAUUAUAUUAACGAUAAAUAUCUCACAAGAUGAUAUUACAUAGUAUAAUUAUUGUAUUAACAAUAAACAUAAAAGACAACAUUACAAUAAGUAUCUCAGAACAUGACAUUACAUAGUAUAAUUGUAUUUAUAAUUAAAAUAAAACAUAAAUUUACAGAAUUGUAAUGUUUUAGCCAUUGUCGCAGAUAUCAUCUUACAUUAAUAGUGUGGUUGUUUACUUUAACUCCAGUUUAUAUAUUGUACGAAGCACGGUACAGAAUUAUAAUAAAGCAUGCAGAUUGUACCUAACAAUAGGAACUCAUUUAUGAUGGUGUUUAAUUGAUCUGUAAUAGUGAUGGUACAAGUUUCUUCUGCUGGAGUAUUUUCCUGUUCUCUCAGUAGAACACUCGACUCGACAACCAAAACUUUGUAUACUAUACGAAAAUCUCAAAUUUGAAAAGAUGAAAAAAAGGUAUUAAAUUCGUUCCAAGAGUUUCGGCAGCCAUCAUGCUUCCUUGUAAGACUCUAUGCUGCAAUUACUAUACGUAUUGUCAGGAUAGAUGUAUACUAAUAGGAUAUUAAACGAGCUUCCAUUUCGUAUCAUGUUUAUGUCCCGAGUGAAAUAAUUUUCAAUUGUAACAAGCUUUAGCGAGUGACAAUGAAAAUUAAUUCACGAGGGACAUAAACAUGAUACGAAAUGGUAGCGAGUUUAAAAUGCUAUUUAUUACCCAUAGUCGAUCUUAAUUAUAUCACUCAUCUCAUUUCGUUGACGUUACUGUAAGGUUGUAAGAUGGAUGAAUUGAUGACAUCAUUGUGUGACGUCAAAAGUGUUACGUCCCACUUUGAUAGUAUGUACCAAGAUAUUUGUAACCAUAUGGGUAAUAAAUGUUUGGUCCCUGACCAAAUAUAUAGGUUUUUGGAAAAGAAAUAAGUUAUGAACAGCAAAGGAAUGUUACAUUGUUCAAAGCUACUUAUACUUUUAUUUUCAUUUUGUCAUUUAUUAUUUUUAUUUUAUUGAUUGUUUUGAUUUUUAUAAACCGUUUUGAAGACAUUUGUAUUUUAAAAUAAGACAUAUUUUGUUGUUAUUUAAUAACUAUUUUCUUUUGGUUUUAUAAAUACUGUAGGCAACGAGACAUUCAACACGUGUGGAGAUACCACUCUGGAAAACGGUAAAGAUGACAAAUAAAACGGUUCCAUUUUCUUUUUCGUUUUAAAUAAAUUGUAGGAUAAAUAAAAUAACUGGUAUCGGCUUUAUCCUGCUUAGGUCAAUUGGAGGAUGCCGCUCGGUAGAUCCUCGCGGCAUUCGCUAUUCUAACCUUCGUAGGUAAGCCAAUAUCUUUAACCAGUUAUUCUCUAUAUAUUAAAGGAAUAUUCUUAAGUUAAGGUAGGUAUCACAUCUAUUGUAAGAUUUAUAGGAUAUUAAACGAGCAUCCAUUUCGUAUCAUGUUUAUGUCCCGACUGAAAUAAUUUACAAUUGACAAUGAAAAUUAUUUCACGAGGGACAUAAACAUGACACGAAAUGGUAGCGAG